ACCUGUGUGACGAUCAGACCCCAUCCAGUCUCGGAAGAAUCCGGGAAAACACAGACUUCACUGUCAUCACUGGGGAACGCGAGAGGAUGCGAAGAUGAGAUGAGCGACUUGAUCGCCUCAAACGCCGCGAUCUCCUCCUCGGUCCACUCCAGAAACUGCUGUAGGUCCGCGCCAGUCACGGGAAGUGGCAGCGUCGCGAGUGCGCGCACCCGUGCCGGAUCAUGCGAGAUACCGUCACCGCUAAUCAUACGACCACACCACAUAGCUUCCUUCUUGAACAGGCAGCUCCUGAUAGCGCUCAGCCGCAGGCCGUACGAGCGAACGCGCUCGAAGCAACUCUGCAGCACAUCGAGCAGAGCACGUACAGACGUGGCAUGUACAAGGAUGUCAUCGAUCCACAGCAGAAGACUAGUGUAUAGCAUGUCAGCGAAGAUCUUCUGCAUCUGGUUCUGGAAAUGA